GCGGGGAUGAGCAACGGUUAAUGGCUGACUGGGAGUUAUGGAUUAGCUAACGUUCGGCACUAAUAAAUGUUAAACGACGUCUCUGUGUGUCCGGUUCUGAUGUGGGCAUUUCUCCCACUGAGCCGUUCCUGAAAGGGCACUUGGAAGACAGAGGAUACUAAGUGCCAAGUCUUGUGGGUUGGCAGCUGCUCCUCACCAUGUCCAAGAGCAAGAGUUCUGAGUCUGUCAAGGUGGUGGUUCGAUGUCGUCCCAUGAAUGAAAAAGAACAGGCAGCCAAGUUUGAAAGGGUGGUCUCUGUCGAUGUAAAACUGGGCCAAAUUAUUGUCAGGAACCCCAGGGAAGCUUCAGCCAAUGAACACCCGAAAGUCUUCACUUUUGAUUCAGUGUAUGACUGGAACUCCAAGCAAAUAGAUCUGUAUGAUGAAACCUUUAGGCCCCUGGUGGAUUCAGUUCUUUUUGGUUUCAAUGGGACCAUCUUCGCCUACGGGCAGACGGGUACAGGGAAGACGUACACUAUGGAGGGGGUGAGGAAUGACCCAGAGAGGAGGGGGGUGAUCCCUAACUCCUUUGAGCACAUAUUCACACACAUUUCACGGUCCCAGAAUCAACAGUACCUGGUGAGGGCAUCAUAUCUUGAAAUUUACCAAGAGGAGAUCAGAGACUUGCUGUCCAAGGACCAAUCACGUCGUCUUGAGCUCAGGGAGAGGCCUGACACGGGUGUGUAUGUUAAAGACCUUUCAUCGUUUGUCACCAAGAGUGUGUGGGAGAUCGAGCAUGUCAUGAACGUGGGCAACCAGAAUCGUUCGGUGGGUGCCACUAACAUGAAUGAACACAGCUCCCGAUCUCACGCCAUAUUCGUCAUCACUGUUGAGUGCAGUGAGUUGGGUGUGGAUGGAGAGAACCAUAUUAGAGUUGGCAAACUGAACCUGGUAGAUUUAGCUGGCAGUGAAAGGCAGACCAAGACGGGCGCUCAGGGGGAGAGGCUUAAAGAAGCCACAAAGAUCAACCUGUCACUUUCUGCUCUGGGUAAUGUCAUAUCAGCUCUGGUGGAUGGCAAGAGCAGCCACAUCCCCUACCGAGAUUCAAAGCUCACCCGUCUGCUGCAGGACUCUCUGGGGGGCAACGCCCGCACUGUCAUGGUUGCCAACAUUGGCCCAGCAUCCUACAAUGUGGAGGAGACCUUAACAACGCUGCGCUACUCCAACAGGGCAAAGAACAUCAAGAAUAAACCACGGAUCAAUGAGGACCCCAAGGAUGCCCUGCUGAGGGAGUUUCAGGAGGAGAUCGCUAGGCUGAAGGCACAGCUGCAAAAGCGCUCAGGAAAGAAAAAAAAGAAGAGGCAGGGGAGGAGGGGCGGAGAAGGGGUUGAUGGUGAGGAUCUGGAAGAAGGAGAGACAGAGGACGAUGAUGAAGAUGGAGACGACAAAGGAGAUUACUGGCGGGAGCAGCAGGAGAAGCUGGAGCGAGAGAGAAAGGCUAUCAUGGAGGAUCACAGUUUGGUGGCUGAGGAGAAAGUUCGGCUGCUUAAGGAGAAGGAGAAGAAAAUGGAAGACUUGAGGAGGGAGAGGGAGGCCGGAGAGAUGCUUGCAGCCAAAGUUAAGUCAAUGGAGAGUAAGCUUCUAGUAGGGGGGAAGAACAUUGUGGAUCACACCAACGAGCAACAGAGGAUGCUGGAGCAGAGGAGGCAUGAAAUUGCUGAACAGAAACGGCGAGAGCGAGAGAUGCAGCAGCAGAUGGAAAGUCGUGAUGAGGAGACUCUGGAGCUGAAGGAGACCUACAGCUCCCUGCAGCAAGAAGUCGACAUCAAAACCAAGAAGCUGAAAAAGCUGUUUGCCAAGCUGCAGGCAGUGAAGUCAGAAAUCCAUGACAUCCAGGAGGAACACAUCAAAGCGCGUCAGGGCCUGGAACAGGAGCAGAACGAGCUCACCAGGGAUCUCAAACUCAAGCAUCUUAUCAUUGAGAACUUCAUUCCCUUAGAGGAGAAGAACAAAAUAGUGAACAGAGCUUACAUCGAUGAGGAGGAUGAGCACUGGAAAAUGAAGCCCAUCACCCGUAUAGAGGAUGAACAUCAGAUGAUGACCAGGCCUUUGUCUGCAGUGGGCUACAUGAGGCCUCUCUGUCACCACGCUCGCAUGGCCAUGAUCAUGAAGACUGACAUGAGAUACAAAGCUGAGAACAUCCUGAUGCUGGAAAUGGAUCUGCCAGCACGGACCACUAAAGAGUAUCAGGAGCCCGUUAUCGCCCCAAAGGUGGCGGCAGCUCUGGAGGACGCUCUUAGGGAUGAGGAUGAGAUUCAGGUAGAUGCCUCAGGCUUUCACAGCAGCUUGGGACCAACCCCACCAACCAGCGCCAGCAGCAGCCUCAAGAAACCAAAGUCUGGUCGACCAAGAACAGGCAAGAAGUCAAGCACUCCGACCUCUCCUUUCAGCCCCUCCAGUCCAGGAUCUCCUCUUUAUCCACAGUCCCGCGGCCUGGUGCCCAAGUGACAGCUUCUGUCACUACCACCAACCUCUCCUGUGCACCUUUCCACUUUGGGACUCAACUUUGAGAGAAUGGGUUUGGUUAAGUCGUGUUUUGUUUUUGUUUUUUGUCCAAACUACAAAGUCUUUGAUUUUGCAAACGAUAUAAAAAAAAACACUUUAAUACUAAUGCUGCUUUGUAGGUUUUAACUGUAACCACACCACUAUUAACUGUUGUCAUGAGCUUUUCAUUUGGAGAUAUGAAACCCUUCAUCCUGAGUGUGUCUAACACCGGGACAGCAGCCACGCAUGAAGCCUCACAUCACUCUGCACUGCUAUUACCUUUCCCUACAUCUGGCAGGAUGCCAGCAUUGUCUUAUAUAUGGAUCACAAUGUUCUUCAUGUACAGGAAAAAAAUGAAAGUGGGCUUAUAACCUCUCUUUGAUGGACUGCAGUAUCUUCAAUGCACUUCUUCUUCAUAUCUUCCCAGAUGUGUGGUGUCUGUUGGGUGUUGUAGUCCUCUCAUACAGUAAUUGUGGAUGUUAUGGGGGUGUGUUGGGGUUGACGUAAACACACAUGGAAUAGGCAGCUCUGCUGCACUUGUUGCUAACUGAUUGUUUGUGUAAGUGUGUGUCAGUGUGUUGUUCUAUGUGUGGCCACACAUCUGUGUGUGUGUGUGUGUGUCUGUCUUUACGUCACUGUCUGAAAUCGAACUUUUCAGUUUAUGUCACACAGUGUUAGGGUGGAGCUUUAACCUCCUGUGUUUGUGUGUUGGGUUUUUUUUGUCUUAAUGGAAUAGCUCAACAUUUUGGGAAAUGCGCUCACUGGCUUGAUUGCCGAGAGUUAGAUGAGAAGAUCGAUACCACUCUCAUGUCUGUAUGCUAAACGUGAAGCUAGAGCUAAUCAGCUUGUCUUGGCAGCCUUCACUGGUUGCCUGGCAACCUCAUAGAGACGAAUGUCCAAGAAGUCUUUAUGCUAAGCUAAGCUAAUCACUUGCUGACUAGUUUCAUACUUAGUGUACAGACAUUAGAGUAACAAGGGUGUUUCAUAAAAUGUCAGACUGUUCCUUUAACUCUGUAUGAUUGUAACUGUCCAGGCCAGAAAGUAAAGCACACUACAGACUUGGCCUCUGUCACAAGUUGCUGUAAUCAGUAGAUGCUGUUCUUCUUGGGGCAAAAGAGACAGAGAUGGGGAACAAUGGGAGAGAGUUCAGCACAUUUACACCCAGUAUGGAAACUUUCUAGGCUGGAUGACACUGCAGUUGGCCGCCAGACAUCUUAGCAGGAGAUCAGUGCUAAGCACAACCUGGGUCACUUCAAAGUUACUGUCCUCUGAUUCUGUGCCUCAGAUUCAUCAGGGUUCCAAGGUGCCUUAACCUGUGCCCUUAAUCUCUGCUCCUUCAUUUAAAGUGUGUACACAUAUUCCUGUGUUUUUAUCACUCACUCUGCUCUUUCAUUCCAGCAUCAGGGAAUUAUUUAUGCAUGGUCCUGACAUUCCUGUCAGAAUAGGGUACACUCAUUAGAUGGAGAGGCAGAGCAUUUGGACACAGCAUUCAACCACCCCCAGGUUUCUGGCUAAGGGCCACAGGAAGGGAGGGCAAAUGAAGGGCGAUGUUUGCCUUCUUUUAUUUUAUUUUUUUUAAUUUUUACCCCAUCUGCUUUUGUAUUGGUUUGAGUGGAAAACAACUGAGUGCCCUAACAGACCACUGAAAACCCAGGGCAGUGUUGAGCUCUUCAUAGCACUGCGGUGGUGCCACAAAACUCGGUCGAAACACUAUGGAUUCGAAUGGAUAUGAAUACACAAACCAUUCCAUUUGUAUGCCUACGGAUGAAUAAUAUGCAGUUUUAACCUCCAUGGCUCAGCCUGCCUCUCUGCUGCUCUCCGUUCCCCAUACUCUUAACUGUGAGGGUUGUGCUGUCCACUCGCUGCUACUGUGUAGGGUUUUACAACCCACUGUGACUUUUCAGCAGGCCUGGGUCAGACAGCAAAUGAAAUCCUCUCAAAUACUUGAUAUGUGCAGUUCAUUGUUUCAGAGGCAUCGUCAUGAUCAAGCCCAUCUCAUUUGUUACAAGUUGAGAGUAACUUAAAAGUAAAGGCUUUCUCUUGCUGUUUGUCUCAUGCUUGCAAACGUUAUGUAAUUAGAUAUGUAACAGUGAAUAUAGACUUGUUUGUAGGGCAAUCCUCAGUCACUUUUACAGCUGUAAAAAAAAAAAAAAGAUUACAAACAUGAGUUUCCAUAUUGAAAAAAUCUAACUUAUUAUAAUCUUUCAUUUUUUAUAUACAGAUGUAGAUAUAAUUUUUUAUUCUUUUUUUUUGUCUUUAAAAUAGAUUGUUUUAUUUUUUUGAGCUUUGUAAUUUAAUGUUGAAAUUUUAUUUUUGCUUGAUACAUGUACCAUGUGUCUUCUUUUGUAUUCAGCAAGGUACAGGCUUUGUUUUGUGUGUGCAUGUGUGUGUUUACACUUAAAAAUGCUUCAGUCGAUGAGUUCGUCACAGAUGAAAGCGUGAGUCAACUGUUGAUUUAUGUCACCUUUGAGUAUUUACACAUUGACUGUUCAUUUAACUUCAUAGACACAAACAUAAUCUUUAGAAUAAGGCCUGAUUGUUGUAACUAACACUGCAAUGCUGUACACCCGCCGCAUGACUUUAGCACGCUCGAGUAAUACGUUUGGUUGUGCGAGUAUUCAUCCAUCGUAGGAAUUUGGUGAGCAAAAUGUGAAUGUCUUAAUUUAAUUGAAUACCUUUGCAUCUGUAGCUACAUCACUGGAUCCAAACUCCAAAUCGAAAAGACUUUUGUGACCAACUUUUAUGUGCUGGUAUUGUUUUUAUAGCCAAAUGACGAUUAUGCUGGUGCACUUCUGUCUGUGGCUGGCUAUGUCUUUUACCUGUUUAGUUUCUUUGGAUUAUUAAAGACGAUUCAAUGA